AUGUCCCACUACGGCCAGUACAAUGCAGCAGGCUACCAAGUCCCAGGCGGUGACCCUCGACAAGCAAAAUCUGGAACACCGUCAGGACCACCGCAAUCCCGUCCUCAAGUAGCUCCCACUCCGCCUGGGUACCAGCAAGGAGGGUCGCAUUAUCCACAGAACACCCCGAGUCUCCAGCACAGCCAGUAUGGCCAAACGCCCCAGAAUGGGUAUCAAUAUCAGGGGACACCGGGCCAAGACCAGGGGGACUUCUCUCUCCAGAGCCAAGCUGCGAUGGAGGAUCAAGGUGCAAUGGGGGGAUUGACUUCACAAAUGGGAGGAAUGGGUCUAGGAGGGGACGGUGCUGCUGCAAGUCGGCCGAAUAAGAAGAAAAACCGGCACGCAUAUCAUAAUAUCGACCAGCCGGUGGUGUCUUCACAAGCGUUCAACCAGAGCACUGGAAAUGCCGAACAGUACGUGAAUCAGGAUCCGUCUCAGCAAACGGGGGCUGGCAAUCCAUACGGUGGCCAGCAAAUUACACCCGCUAUGAACCAAUUCCCUGCGCAAGCCGCUCCUUCUUUCUCUCCGGGCCUACAGUCUUCGGGCGCAGGGGUCGCAAAUGCAGCUACACCGAUGCCAGCGCCUAGCGGACCUGGCGUAUCAGCUCAAGGGCGAGUGGAUCCAGAGCAAAUACCGAGCAUACCACGAGCUCGGGAUGGUGCUGCACAGUACUACCUAGAUCACAUAUACCCCACAAUGGAGCAACAUCUCCCCCCACCCGGGGCUGUGCCUUUCGUUGCCCAAGAUCAAGGCAAUUCGUCCCCCAAAUAUGCCAGACUCACGCUCAACAAUAUCCCAUCGACAUCAAAUUUCCUUUCCCAGACCGGUCUACCACUGGGGCUGGUCCUCCAACCGUUGGCUCCUCUCCAAGCCGGGGAACGACCGAUACCUGUCCUCGACUUUGGAGAACUGGGUCCUCCUCGUUGCAGUAGAUGCAGAGCCUACAUUAAUCCUUUCAUGACAUUUCGAUCUGGCGGCAACAAACUCGUCUGUAAUAUGUGCACCUUCCCCAAUGAUGUCAUUCCAGAAUAUUUUGCGCCCACGGAUCCAAGUGGCGUCAGGGUAGAUCGAGCACAACGGCCCGAAUUGACGACAGGGACUGUGGAAUACUUGGUGCCAAAGGAGUACUGGGCUAAGGAACCCGUAGGCUUACGGUGGCUGUUUGUCAUUGAUGUCAGUCAAGAUGCGGUUAGCAAAGGUUUUCUAGAAGCAUUCUGUGAGGGCAUUCUCGGCGCUCUUUAUGGUGAGGACGAAGACGAUGUAGAUGACGAGAAAACAAAUAGCGAAAAUGCCUCGGAGAAGAGAAGAAUCCCUAUUGGCUCCAAAAUUGGAUUCGUGACAUUUGACAAAGCUAUGCAUUUCUAUAAUUGUAAUGAGAAUUUGGAAAGAGCUCAAAUGCUCGUAAUGCCAGACAUCGAGGAUCCCUUCGUGCCACUCGGUAGCGAAGGACUCUUCGUCGACCCAUACAAAUCAAAGUUGAUUAUAACCUCUCUUCUCACGCAAUUGCCAGCCCUUUUUUCGCACGUCAAGAAUCCAGAGCCGGCUCUGCUGCCUACAUUGGAGUCGGCAUUGUCGUCACUGAGCGCCACAGGUGGAAAGAUAGUGUGUUCCUUAGCAACAUUACCGACAUGGGGGCCAGGCAGGCUGUUCCUCAGAGAUAAAAAUGAUUUGCACGGUAUCGAAACUGAGAAAAAGCUAUUCCAGACAGACCAUCCUGGUUUCAAGAAGCUUGCUGGCAAAAUGGUCGAGAGUGGUGUUGGCGUCGAUUUCUUUAUCGCUGCUCCAGCCGGAAAAUACAUGGAUAUUGCCACCAUAGGUCAUCUCUCCGCAGUUUCCGGUGGCCAGACUUAUUUUUAUCCUAACUACAUUGCGCCUCGCGACUCGCUCCAGCUUGCGCAAGAGAUCAAGCAUACCCUCACCCGAGAGACAGGAUACCAAGCGCUUAUGAAAGUCCGAUGCUCGAACGGCCUACAAGUCUCAUCAUACCACGGCAACUUCCUACAGCACAAUUUUGGUGCUGAUCUCGAAUUUGGUGUCAUAGAUUCUGACAAAUCAGUGGGUGUGAUGUUCAGCUAUGACGGCAAGCUAGAUGCCAAAUUGGACGCUCACUUCCAGUGCGCUCUGCUAUACACUACGGCUAGUGGAGAACGUCGCGUUCGCUGCACGAAUACAGUUGCUGGAGUCAGUGAAGGGGCUAUGGAAAGCAUGAGGUUUAUUGAUCAAGAUGCUGUGGUCAACAUUAUUGCAAAAGAGGGUAGGCGAGAGCAAUCCGUGCUGGAGCUUUUCGUUCCAUCUUUGCUAAUCAUUCUCACAGCUGCGACAAGAAUGAUUGAGCGACCACUCAAGGAUGUUCGCAAUGCACUCACUGAGAAGACCAUCGAUAUUUUGGCAGGGUAUCGAAAGACUGGUUCUGGUUCACAUCCUCCCGGUCAGCUUGUCUUGCCGGAAAAUCUGAAGGAAUUCAGCAUGUAUGUCCUCGGCUUGAUGAAAUCACGAGCGUUCAAGGCUGGUCACGAACCUUCCGACCGCCGCACUCAUACCAUGCGCCUUCUCAAAUCGGCUUCGCCGCUCGAACUGUCGCUGUUCCUUUACCCUCGCAUUCUCCCCGUACAUACUCUCCCGCCGGAAUCAGGCUUCCCACAUCCUGUUACGGGUCACUUGGUUGUGCCUCCUGCAAUACGAGCCUCCUUUUCCCGAAUAGAAGAAGGUGGCGCCUACCUCGUGGACGAUGGCCAGGUCUGCCUUCUCUGGCUCCACGCGCACGUCUCACCUAAUCUUUUAGAGGACCUUUUUGGGGAAGGAAAAACGUCGCUGUCAUCGCUGGAUCCUAUGAUGUCCUCGCUGCCAACUUUAGAAACGCAUCUGAAUGCUCAAGUCCGCAACCUCCUAGCCUACUGGGCGAGCGUGAGAGGAAGUAAAGGAAUUACCAUCCAACUAGCCCGGCAGGGCCUCGAUGGGUCUGAAUAUGAGUUUGCAAGGCUUCUGGUGGAGGAUCGAAAUAACGAGGCGCAGAGUUACGUGGACUGGCUCGUUAACCUACAUCGACAUAUUCAGAUGGAAUUGAGUGGUCAAAGGAAAAGAGAAGAUGGCGGUGGUAUGUCCACGAUGGGCAUGGAGAGCGCAGUAGCUGGAAUUACGAGUCUGUGGACGGGUAAGGAGGGAUGA